AUGAAGGUCGUCGAGACUUGUGGUGAAAUGUUUGCGUUGUGCCGGACGGCUCAGCCUCCGCUGGGUUUGGUGCCUACCAUGGGCGCGCUGCACGAAGGGCACAUGUCGUUGGUCCGGCGGGCCCGGGCGGACAACUUGACCAUGGCGGUAUCGAUCUUCGUCAACCCCACGCAGUUUGGGCCGAACGAAGACUUUGCCAGGUAUCCGCGCAGCCUGGAACGGGACCUGGAACUCCUGGCAGCGGCCGGGACCGACCUGGUAUUUUUGCCGGGACCGCCGGAAGUGUAUCCGGACGGUUUUGACACCUGGAUCGAACCGGGCGCGGUCGCCGAAGGGAUGGAGGGCGCGGCAAGGCCGGGCCAUUUUCGCGGCGUCGCGACGGUGGUCGCCAAGCUGUUCACGAUCACUCGCCCCGAUCGGGCCUAUUUCGGCCAGAAGGACGGCCAGCAGGUGGCCGUCAUCCGCAAGAUGAACGACGACCUGAACCUGGGCGCCGAGGUCGUUACCAUGCCGACGAUCCGGGAACCCGAUGGCCUGGCGUUGAGCAGCCGGAACGCGUACCUGACAGACGAGGAACGAAAAGCAGCACCGGUGGUCUACCGGGCGCUCCGUGCGGCAGAGGAGCUAUGGCGCGCCGGCGAACGGGAUGCUCGGGCGUUGCAAUCGGCCGCUACCGCGCAACUUGAGUCCGAGCCCGCGUUGUCGUCGGUGGACUAUGUAAGUGUCGUAGACGCGGGAAGCAUGGCCGAGAUCACCGGAACGGUUGAAGGACACGCAGCGAUGGUGGCGACGGCCGUGCGUCUGGGAACGGUGCGUUUGAUAGAUAACCUUGUCUUGGAGUAA